CACUCUCCCCACAACACUAGAAUCAUUUCCUUCAAAAACUAAUCUCUACUAGCAUAUGUCUCACAGAUCCUUAGUCCCUCACUCCUCUUCCAUAGCCUUCGGCGCCCACUCUCAUUUCCUCGUCUCCAGUGAGAUGAACCCCAACUCCUACUGGUCUUGGCAUUAAUUUUCCAUCUCCUAGUCAUUCACAUUUUUUAAUUCAAAAGCUUACAAUCCAUUUUUUUGAAUUCUUUUUAAACAAAUUCUGAAAUGGGUUUGAAAGGUUUUGUUGAGGGAGGUAUUGCUUCGAUCGUUGCUGGUUGUUCAACUCACCCUCUUGAUUUGAUCAAGGUUCGCAUGCAGUUACAGGGUGAGAACCAUGUCCCAAACCCUAACCACCACAUUCACUCUCUUCGCCCUGCUUUCGCUUUCAACUCCACCACCGUCUCCGCCCCUAGCAACCUCCACAUUCCGGUACCACCGCCGCCACCGAAGGCGGGUCUCAUCUCGGUUGGGGUGAAGAUCUUCCAGACAGAAGGCGUCGCCGCCUUGUACUCCGGCGUCUCCGCCACCGUCCUCCGCCAGACUCUCUAUUCCACCACCCGAAUGGGUCUCUAUGAAGUCUUCAAGCAGAAAUGGACCGACCCCAACUCCGGAACCCUUUCGAUCGGGCGCAAGAUAGCAGCCGGAUUGUUAGCCGGUGGAAUCGGCGCGGCUGUUGGGAACCCAGCCGACGUGGCGAUGGUACGCAUGCAAGCCGACGGUCGGCUCCCGGUUUCUGAGCGGCGCAACUACAAAAGCGUUGUCGAUGCAAUAACUCGGAUGGCGAAACAGGAGGGCGUUACUAGCCUGUGGCGCGGAUCAUCUCUUACGGUGAACCGUGCAAUGAUCGUGACCGCAUCACAGCUCGCAUCAUACGAUCAGGUCAAAGAAACAAUCCUAGAAAAGGGUCUGAUGAAGGAUGGGCUUGGGACCCACGUCACGGCCAGCUUCGCUGCAGGGUUCGUCGCUGCAGUAGCAUCAAACCCCGUGGAUGUGAUUAAGACCAGGGUUAUGAACAUGAAGGUGGAGCCUGGGUCGGUUCCACCUUACAAUGGAGCACUUGAUUGUGCCCUAAAGACAAUUAGGGCAGAAGGACCUAUGUCCCUCUACAAGGGCUUUAUUCCUACAAUAUCAAGGCAAGGGCCAUUCACUGUGGUGCUGUUUGUGACCCUUGAACAAGUCCGCAAGCUUUUCAAGGAUUUCUAAGGAUUUACCAUGAUAAUGACGAUAAACAACUAGUAUUGAGGUUAAUUAUAAGGAUUAGUGUUUUCUAUGUUACUUUUGAAAAUUUAAAUAAAUUUCUAUUUGGAAUUUUAUUUUAUA